AUGGGUACUAGCAUAGUAAAUCUAAACCAAAAGAUUGAACUGCCCCCAAUCCAGGUCUUAUUCGAGUCACUUAACCGAGAAAAUGAAACAAAACCCCACUUCGAGGAACGCAGGUUAUAUCAACCUAAUCCUUCAUUUGUUCCUAGAACAAAUAUAGCAGUUGGUAGCCCAGUUAACCCGGUUCCAGUAUCAUCCCCUGUUUUUUUCAUUGGUCCUUCUCCACAGAGAAGCAUUCAGAAUCACAACGCUAUUAUGACUCAAAACAUACGUCAGUAUCCAGUUAUAUAUAAUAAUAACCGAGAAGUUAUAUCUACGGGUGAGAGAAAUUACAUAAUAACUGUAGGGGGGCCUCCGGUAACUUCUUCGCAGCCCGAGUAUGAGCAUAUCUCAACUCCCAAUUUCUAUCAAGAGCAGAGACUGGCACAACCUCAUCCGGUAAAUGAGAGUAUGAUGAUAGGUGGUUAUACAAAUCCUCAGCCUAUUAGCAUUUCCCGAGGUAAAAUGCUAUCCGGCAACAUAAGUACGAACUCGGUCCGCGGAUCUAAUAAUGGAUAUUCCGCAAAAGAAAAAAAACAUAAGGCACAUGGUAAGAGGUCCAAUUUACCAAAGGCCACCGUUUCAAUUCUAAACAAAUGGUUACAUGAGCACGUAAACAACCCUUACCCAACCGUGCAGGAAAAAAGAGAACUGCUCGCGAAAACUGGUCUAACUAAACUUCAAAUUUCCAAUUGGUUCAUUAAUGCUAGGAGAAGAAAAAUAUUUUCUGGCCAGAAUGACGCAAAUAAUUUCAGAAGAAAAUUCAGUUCUUCUACAAAUUUAGCUAAGUUCUGA